AUGGUGUUUCGUAGAGAUGUGAAGUACCAAAUCGCUAAAAAAAUCAUUGAAAAUGUCCCUAAUGACCACUUUCUUCCACUGCCCUAUCAGCUAGACCUACUGGAUGCUGCAUACGAAAGGAAUACAAUCAUAUGCUCAUCAAAUGAACUGAAUAAAAUGUUUUUUGUCGUAAAUCUAAUCCGUGAAAUGCGCUUUGAUAAUCUGGGCAAGCAAGUGAUUUACUUCGUUGAUGACACUAAAAUAAACUCAUUAGACAAUUUUUUCACGCAUCAUACUGGAUUAUCUUGUUAUGGUUUCAAAUAUGAUGAACAGAACAGUAUGGAAAAAGAUUUCAUGGAUCGGCUUACUUCCGUUGUGCGUGAAUAUGAUAUUGUCUUAUUAUCACCUUGGCUAAUUCCAUUCAUUGUCAUGCUAUCCUCAGUUAACUUCUUCAUAAAGCUUGUUCACCAGUGUUCUUAUCUGCUGGUAGUUGAUGAGUGUCAUAUGGUUUUGGAUUCAAGUCAUCCAUUAUCAAUAGUGUUCGGGCCAAAUGGUCCAGUGUUUCGAAACAUAGAAGACGUUGAACAAACAGUUACCGGACAAAAUACAAGUGAUUGUUACAUAUCAGUAGCGGAAAAAGUCAGAAUCUUAUGCUUUACAUCUGCUUUAUUACCCAGAGAAAUAACAGAUCCGGAAAAGGCACGAUUACGCUUACAAACACUUGAAAAAAGAACUAGCUGUCAACUCGAAACUGCUUCAGAGUUAUUAACGAUGCUUUCGUUAGGCGCAAGACCCCAAGAACGUGUUUUGCUCUGUUCCAAAUCAUCUCCAACUGCUGCAAUACCUUUUCACCAGUUUAUGUUAGGUGUUUUUCGAGAGAUGAAAGAAUUUACCAGUGAUGUGGAAUCAACUGUACCCUGUAUAAAAAAUUCAUCAACAGAUGAUUCUACAUCUGUGGUCGUUAAUUCUGGAGGUUUUCGUGUUUGCGUACUUGACUAUUGUAAACGUGCUAUAACACAGUGUGAAGAAAUACUAAAUGAAUUAGGCUUAUGGUGUGCUGCACAAAUUGUUCGUGUAUUUGCUAAACACUUAAUUGCAUUGGAUCGACAGCGUAGUGAAGUUUUUAAAAACUCUUCACUGAUGAAUAAGAAUAAAAAAGAAGGCGAAGAAAUAGAGAAAAACUCAUGUGCUUCUUCUAAAUCACCUUCAUGUAAUGUAGAACUAAUUAAGGAUAAUGAAUAUCCAAUUACUAUACCUAAAAUAAAUGAUGUUGAAAAUCGUAUAUCUUAUCUUUUACGUUACAUUGUUACACAAAUGUGUUUUCUUAGUCGUUUAUUUCAAAUGGAAUUUGAUUCAAUAUUAACAAUAGAAGAAUUUCAACGUAUGAUAUCACCUAAGGUUUUAAAUCUUAUUGAACAGUUGAAACUAUACAAGCCAAAUAUGAAUUUUCGAAUAGAAGUAGCUGAAUUGCCUAAUCUUAAAAAUUCACCAUUCAUUACAACAAACAAUAAGAAAUAUCAAAAAGGUGGAAGUCAUCGACGUAGUGGUCGUAGUCGAACAUUUAAAAUAUCAAAUUCAUCCUCAAUGUUGUCGAUGGGUCUGCUCUCGUGUGAUAUGGAUUCAUUGUCUGAUAGUAUGUCAGAUACAAUGAGUAGCUUAUCAGAUGAUGAUGACAUUGAUGAUACACGAAGUGUUCGUAGUUUAAACUCUGCGAAAUCUCGGCCUUAUACACACUCCAUGAAAAAUCUGAAUCGUUCAUCUAAAGGUCAUAAACGUAAAAAUCGAUCAAAUUCUUCAGUAAAUUCAUUCAAUUUACGAGAUCUUCAUUUUGUUCCCGCGUCCACAUUAAACAAUGGUGGUAUUAGACCAGAUAUUGACCCUUCUACAUUAGUUUAUCGUGCUGUUUUGAAUACUGACAAUCCACACAAUAAUAGUAAUAAUAAUCGUUCAAAAUUCACAGGCCAAGGGUCGUCUGGUAUAACUGCUUGCACGAACAACAACAACAACAUCUCAUCUAAUCGUCUGUGUGGCUUGAUAUUAGUUCCAUGUCAAUUCUCAGCUUAUGCAUUAUCUCGCCUCAUUGAUGAAUUGUGCAUAUGGGAUGUUGAUUUGUAUUUCAUUAAAAUUGGUCAUUUAUUCUGUCGUCAAACUCUAUUAAAAGAUGAAAAUGAUCUGUCAACAACAACAACAACAUGUCAAUUAAUAAAUAAAACAAAACAUAGUACAGAUUUCAAUUCAUAUAAAACACUUGCAAAUUUUGGUAAUGAGCCUGUAAAUAAUGAUUCUUUAACCAGUAAUAAUAAUAAUAAUUGCAACAAUGCUACUCCAUUCUCCGUUAAUCAAGAAGAAACAAUAAGUAAUUUUCGUCGUGGUGCUAUCAAUUUACUGGUAGCUACUCAGGCAGCGAUUUCAACUGUAGCCACUAGUGGUACUGAAUUGCCACGAUGUAAUUUAGUCAUUGCAUUACGUUUACCAAAUAGUUUAGCUGAAUACUUGUCAAGUAAAGCCAGAUCAAGAUUAGUUGAUUAUGGUGCAAAAGUUAUCUAUCUUAUGGAUCAUGAUUCGAUCGAGAAAACCAAUAAUAGUAAUGAUAAUAAUAAUGAUACAAAUGACAUCACUGAUAUACAAAACAAAACAAAACUGAAGGAUGAUAAUUCUACUGUUAAUUCAAUGUAUAGCAAGCAUAUAAAUGAUCAAUUUUUGGGCAAUUUUCAACAACUUGAACAACUAUUACUUCAACGAUGUAGAGGUUAUAGUGUCUUUUCAGAUGAACAUGCUGUUGAUCCAACCGUCGUUGACAAAGUUUUACCGCCAAUUUUUCCUCGUGGCCCGCAUGGUCCAAAGUUCUGUUUGUCCACUGCAAUCAGCAUGAUCAAUCAAUAUUGUGCACGUCUUCCUAGUGAUUAUGUUACAAAUUUAACCCCGAAAUGGUAUUGGAAAAUAUUUCCUCAACCUCAAGGUUUCGCUCCUUCAUCAACAGGUCCAGGAUCAACAUGUGGUUCACCUAAAGAUUUACAACCCAACGGAACAUUUAAUUUAUAUCAAUGUGUUUUACGACUGCCAAUCAAUAGUUCAGUAAAGCAAACAAUAUUUAGUGAACCAAUGGCGUGUAAGAAAUUAGCUAAGUAUUCAGCUGCCUUCAAUGCCAUUCAACUUUUAUAUUUGAGUGGUGAAAUGGAUUCUAAAUGGGAGUUAUCUAAUCGUAAAACUAAUCCUAUACAUCAUCAUUCAACAUGCAAAAAUCAUGAUAAUUUGAAAUUACCUUAUCAACGAUCACCAAUGAAAUGUCAAUCAUUCUCUUCUUUAAAUGAUUCCGCUAGUGUAGACGGUGAAUCGGAUUAUGGAGAUUAUGCAUCGUCAGUUAGUUGUUAUGAAACAGCUGAUGAUGAAAGUGAAAUGAAAUCCAAUAUACAAAAUAUUGUUAAACGAAGACAAUAUUAUUAUCGUAAAUUUCCUACUCAAUUGUCCAAUUGUUUACCUCGACCCGAUGAACCUUCAUCAAAUUAUCUUUAUUAUAUUGAUAUGCGUUUGGUUAAGCCUUUUCAAGAACAACAAAAUUUACGUGGUCGUAUAUGUCAUCGUCCUGAAGAUGAACCGUUAGGUUUUGGUUUACUCACUACCAAACCAUUACAUCAUAUACCUAUAUUUCCAAUAUUUAGUAGGUCUGGUGAAGAGAAAAUUCAUUUUGUUGAAUUAUGGUCACCAAAAUCUAAUUUCCAAUUCAAUGACCAAUAUUUACCUAUUCAAAGUCCAAUUUUAACACAGGAACAAAUUGAUCAAUUAAUUACAUUUCAUCGUACACUAUUUCAGGAAGUUCUACGCUUUGAAAAAGAUUCUGUUCUGGAAUUUAAUUUUCAAAAAGCAUAUAUGCAGGUCCUUGUGGUUCCUACUAGACGAGACACAUGUUCAAUUGAUUGGGAUUUCGUUGAUUUGGUGCUUACAUCAUCUUGUGAUAAUAAAUCUAUGUGCCAUCUAUUACCACGUAGAAUGAAUGAUAUAUCUCAAGAAGAAUGGAAAGAAAAUAUUGAUCAAAUUAAAUUACAAGCUGGUAUUGUUACUGGUAGUAGUAGUAGUAGUAGUGGAUCAGCUAAAACAUUCAACACUACCAAUACUCAUCAUCAUAAUCGAAUACAUAGUGGUCGUGACAGUGUUUCAUCAGUGCUAAUGAAUCGUUUACAAAAAUCAGGUAUUAUUGACUCUAAUGCAGAUAAAAAUAAACCUAGUAUAUUUGAGUUUCGUAUGGAAGAAUUUCUCAAUGCUGUAAUUACACCUGGUUAUCGAAAUUUAGAUCAACCACAAUAUUAUUAUGUUGCUGCAAUAAGAAAUGAUAUGAGUCCAUUAUCACCAUUUCCAUCGGAAAAUUAUCGUAAUUUUGCUGCCUAUUAUAUUAAUAAAUAUAAUGCUAUAAUUACAACAAAUAAUCAACCAUUAUUGGAUGUUGAUUUAACAGUGUUACGAUUAAAUCUAUUAAUACCACGUUAUAUGAAUAUACAUGGACAUAACCAAUCAAUCAACAAUAAUCAUAAUCAUCAACAACAAAAACAUCAUCAUUAUGAUCAAAGUGAAGAUCUUGCACAUAAACAAUUAUUAAUUCCUGAAUUAUGCUUUCGACAUUCAUUUCCUGCUUCAGUAUGGCGUAAAGCUGUGUGUAUACCAAGUGUAUUAUAUCGUUUGGAACAGUUAUUAUUAGCUGAAGAAUUACGUCAUCGUAUUGCUGUGGAAACGAAUUUAGGUUGUGCAUAUUUACCAGAAAUUAAUAAAAUCAAUAAACAUGAUUUUAUCAAUUUCACUACACAUUAUCAAAAUGUCAAUGAUGAUGAUGUGGCUAAUGAAAAUUUGUGUAUAUUUGAAUCAUUAAAUCUCCAUCUGCCUAUGAUAACAACUGAUCAUAUCACCAAUGAUGUUGUCAAUAAUCAAUUGACUAAUCAAUGUAACACUUAUCCUACGAAUUAUAAUGAACAAAAAUCUACAAAAUCUAAUUCAAAAUUACUGACUCCUGUUUGUGGUGGCAAGAAUGGGAAUGUUGUUCGACGAAAACAAAGUCAUUAUAUGAAAAAAACGAAAAACCACAAUUCUAAUAUGAAACAACUGAAAUCACUUGAAAAUGGUCAAAAUCAUCAAUCAGAUAAAUGUGGAUUGAACAAGAAAAUGAAUUCAAUUGAAUUGGAUAGUAACAAUCAUAAUACUAUUCAAGCAAACAAUGUACGAGACAAUGUAAGCAUUUACAGUGACAACGACGAUGGUGUUGAAUGUAAAAGUAAUGAAUAUGCUGAUGAUAAUAUUAAUAAUCUUAAUCAUAAUAAUGGUAAUGUUGCUGAGAAGCCAACUCUUUUAAAACUUCAUGCUUCUACAUCAGCAUCAAUGGUUCAUAAUAAGAAAUAUUCUUACCAGUCUACAACGCCUAGGUCUGCAAUGAGCACCAACACCACUGAAUUGUCAUCAUCCUAUGGUCACUUUGGUUUAGUAAAUGGAAGUUUAGAAUCAUUAUUACAAGAAACAAAAGUUAUUGAAUUAAAUUCCAAUGAUACUAAUCCGUUGAAUGACAGUGACGGUGAAGAUGAACUCAGAGUUGUUGAAAAUUAUACCAAUAUGGAUAAAGAAUACUUUGAAACUGAAUCGGAUGUAGAGAGUGUUGACAGUUUUGAAGGGAAUGUUCAUUUCUUUCCACCUGAAGAUGAUGACAACGAUAAUUGUUUUAAUGAAUUGCAUAUUUCAAACCAAUCAGAUUCAGAAAAACCUUCAAACAGCGUUCGUAAGCGUGCUUAUCAACCUGGACCGACGACUAUUUUACAGGCUCUAACAAUGUCAUGCUCUAAUGAUUUUAUUAAUUUAGAGCGUAUGGAAACAGUUGGUGAUAGUUUCCUGAAAUUCGUUGUUACGGUACAUCUCUAUCUUACUUAUCCGGCAGCACAUGAAGGCAAAUUAAGUCAUUUACGCAGUCGAAUUGUAUGUAAUUCAAAUUUAUAUCGUUUAGGUAAAGCUAAAAAUUUACAAAGUCAAAUGAUUGGUGGUAAAUUUGAACCACAUGAAAAUUGGGUCCCACCUGGAUAUUAUGUACGUCAAGAUAAACGUCUUCAUACUGAAGCAAUUAAAAAAAAACCUCAAUCAAAUCGUAAUUUAGUAAUUUGGUCAACUGACACAUUAAUGGAUGAUGAAGUUUUACGUAAUAUUGAAUUUAUUGAUGAAAACAAAAUUCAACCAAUUGAAAAUUUCACAAUCUCUGAAUGGGAUCCAAAUGAUCCAAAAGUGUUAGAUGCACAACAUAUAAAUAAUCACUAUUUAGUUGCUAUACAACAAGCUAUACCAGAUAAGUCAAUUGCAGACUGUGUUGAAGCAUUAAUUGGUUGUUAUUUAACAACUCGUGGAGAACGCUCUGCAUUGCGUUUAAUGCAAUGGUUUGGAAUUGAUUGUCUUCAUAUAUCAGAUAAUAGUCAACCAACUACUUCAGCUCCAUGGUCUUUACUAAAGUCCAACUAUUUGAAUACUGAUGCAAAUAAAGCACAUUUAGCUGAAGCACGUUUAGUUUGGAGAUUCGAUGAAUUGGAAUCUUCAUUAAAUUAUACUUUUAAAGAUCCUAGUUUGUUGCUUCAGGCUUUCACACAUCCAUCUUAUCAUCAACUAAGACGUGCUGCUUUAUCAACAUCCAAUAAUUCAUUGGAUCAAAAUAACACAUUCAUAUUUUCAACUGAUCUAGAUUGUUAUCAACGUUUAGAAUUUUUAGGUGAUGCCGUGUUAGAUUAUGUAAUAACACGAUUUCUUUAUGAAGAUUCAAAACAACAUUCACCUGGUGUAUUAACUGAUUUAAGAUCAGCUUUAGUAAACAAUAAUAUAUUUGCUGCACUAGCUGUACGAAUCGGUCUACAUAGAUAUUUUCGUGCUUCAUCACCACAAUUAUUGCAUACAAUUGAUGUGUUUGUACGUUAUCAAAAAGAUAUAGCUAAAGAUGAUUUAGAUUUUAUUACAAAUGAGGAAAUCGAAAUUCGACAACCUGAAUUAGUUGAUACAUUUAAUGAAGAAACUACAAACAAUUUAUCAAGUUCCAACGUAUCUUUACCGAAUGCUCGCUCAAUGAUGAGAAAACAAAAUACUUCAUCCACUGCCAAUACCAAUAAGCAACCUUGUCGUCAAGGUCAUGGUGAUGAUAAUGAAGAAGAGAGAGUAAAAGAAAAAGACCUCGAUAAUAAUGUGAAUAAUGCUGAUGACGAAGUAGGUGAAUUGGAUGAUGAUGAUGACAAUGUUGAAGAUGCUGAUGAAGAUGACGAAAAACAUGCAUCAUUAUUAAGUCAUGCUAAAGAAUAUGAAUCUAAAUGGCAAGCAAAAGAUACUCAAGAGUUGACUGGUUUAUUUGUACAAAAUUCUUCUGAGAAUCAAUCUUCAAAACCUCAACAACAACAAGUGCAUCAUUCUUCAAAAUCGUGUAACCCUACCAAUGAAAUACCUAAAGCAUUAGGUGAUAUAUUUGAAUCUUUAGCUGGAGCAAUAUUUCUUGAUUCGAAUUUCAGUUUGGAUACUGUUUGGCAAAUAUUCUAUCCGAUUAUGAAAGAACGUAUUGAAAGAUAUACUGCAUGUAUCCCGAAAUCACCAGUCAGACAAUUAUUAGAACUGGAACCAGAAGGAACAAAAUUCGAACGACCUCGACGAAUGGUUGACGGGAAAAUUUCAGUUUGUGCCCAUGUAUUAGGUAAAGGUCGUUUUUAUGGUGUUGGAAGAAAUUAUCGAUUGGCCAAAAGCUUAGCUGCUAAACGAGCUUUAAGAGUACUGCAUAGAUUAAAUCAACCAUCUCAAACUGCGUCAGUAAUUUCUAAUGGAGACUGCAAUCAAUAA